UGUCAAAUAAUUUACCGUAUCAAAGUUGGUAAUGGCACGCCGUAUCCCUAAUGCCCUCUGCUCAAAGUAGAGAUUGCUUUAGUGAGGAAACCCUUCUUCUUCCACAGCUCCUUCACCACGCCACAGCUCUUCCUUCCUUUCUCCGGACAUGGAUGCGGAUGAGCUUCGACGUCAACCAUGCCACAUGGUGGCGAUGCCUUUCCCUGGGAGAGGCCACGUCAAUCCCAUGAUGAACCUCUGUAAGAUCCUAGUUUCCUCCAGAAGCAGACAACAGCACCCUCCUCUUAUCAUCACCUUCGUUGUCACGGAAGAGUGGCUAGGCUACAUCGGCUCCCACCCUAAGCCCAGCAACAUCCGCUUCGCCACCAUCCCCAACGUUGUGCCCUCCGAGCGGCUCAAAGCAGCUGAUUUCCCUGGCUUCUAUGAAGCCGUCAUGACGAAGAUGGAAGCUCCGUUUGAGCAGCUCCUGGACCAGCUCCACCCUCCUGUGACUGCGUUCUUGGCCGAUGUCGAGCUGCUCUGGGGAGUGGGUGUGGGUAAUCGCAGGAACAUACCUGUAGCCUCGCUCUGGACCAUGUCUGCUUCUGUGUUUUCCAUGUUCCAUCAUUUUGACUCGAUCCUGCAAAACAGUCAUUUUCCAGUGAAUCUGUCUGAGCAUGGAGCGCAGCGUGUCGAUUACAUUCCAGGGAUUUCUCCCACGAGUGUGGCGGAUCUCCCCACUAGAGCUGAUCCACGAGUCAUAAAGCGAGUUGUGGAAUGUGUUUCGCAAGUGUCGAAAGCACAAUAUCUGUUAUUUACUUCUCUGUAUGAGCUUGAACCUCGAGUCAUGGAUGCUUUAGAAGCAGAGUUUUCUUUCCCCGUGUUGCCUGUUGGUCCAACAAUACCUUUCUUAGACAUUAGCAGCAAUAAUUCUACAAAUUCUGAUAAUGUUCCUGAUUAUCUAAGUUGGCUGGACUCCCAACCUGAGAGAUCAGUCUUGUACAUCUCAUUGGGAAGUUUCCUGUCAGUUUCAAUGGACCAAAUGGAUGAAAUAGUGGCUGCAAUGAACGAGAGCGGUGUUGGCUACUUAUUGGUAGCCCGUGAAGAGACUCCAAGGUUAAACACGAAAUGUGGGGAGAGAGGAUUUGUUGUGCCUUGGUGUGAACAGUUGAGGGUGUUGUGCCAUCCUUCUGUGGGAGGGUUCUGGACACAUUGUGGGUGGAAUUCAACACUUGAGGCCGUGUUUGCUGGCAUUCCAAUGCUCACGUUUCCAAUAUUUCUAGAUCAACCCUCCAAUAGCAAGCAAAUAGUUGAAGAUUGGAAGACAGGGUUGAGGGUGAAGAACCAAGCGGAUGCUGACAAAGAACUAUUGCCAAGGGGAAAGAUUCAAGAGCUUGUGCAGCGAUUUAUGGAUCUUCAAAGCAGCGAGGGAAAAGAAAUCAGGAAAAGAGCAACAGAAUUUAAAGAAAUUUGUCUGAGAGCAAUUACAGGAGGAUCAUCUGAUAGAAACCUCAAUGCUUUCAUCCAACAUAUAUCACAGGGCCACAGGCUGGAAACAUAAAAAAAAAAAGAAAAAAAAAAAGGCUUCUCGCUAUCUUAUCAGGUGAAUGGAAGCUAUUCUGUUUGUUAGAGCGAGGAGCAGCUCUAUCCUGGCAAGUACUUUUCCAUGUAUAUGAAGACAAAUGGAAUGAGUGUCCAUCCCUAACUCAUUGGAAUUGACAGACAAUAGCUUUUUAUAUGCAUUGUACGUUAAUCGAGCUAGACAUUGCAUUCUAGAUUACUUUCUGUAAUAAGGUGGUGGAUUUUGCUUUCACCGUGAUGUUGUACAAUAAAACACCUACCAAGGUUCCUUCA